AUGCGAAAGAACUUAUUAUUCCUCUUGUUGGACAAUGAGGCAUUGAGUUUUAUGGGCUCGCAGCGAUUCCUUUUUGAUCUCACACACGGUCGUGUUGCACAGGCCUCCGACCUCCCUCUGAACGUUGAAUCUGUGGAAUCCGUCAUCGAGUUAGCGGGUAUUGGUUUGCCUCUAGAAGACGAUAGGAAGCUACCCAUUUACUACCUUCUCUGCGAUCCUGGUAUUGCUCAACAGACGGAGAAUAUCACAUCAUCCAUUUGGCGUGCUCUGAAUGCCUCAGCAGACGAUCAAGGCAGCACAGUCCGUUUUUUGAAUGGUAGUCUCGUUCCACCCGCACUGUUGCCUCCAAGUUUGUCGACACAAGCGCUCCUUAAGUAUUUCGUGCGGAAGGGCCGCCCGCUCAGCCACAUCGUCAUUUCUGACCGCCCGGCCACUCCGCCCUUCGCGGACACUUUCAUCGACUCAUUCCUUGAUACUCGUUGGCCACCUAGUCCUACGGCCAAUGAGUAUCUUCUCCGAUUGGCUAAUCUGCUUGCUGAUGCGCUGCACAGACACCUGGAGCCCGAGGUGGUGAACUUCCUUCUGAGUCUUAAGGGCCCUAUUCCAAUGCAGACUUAUGAGCCAGUGGACGGCCAUAGUUGGCGUGUCUCGCACGUCGUAUCACAUCUCCUCAUGGGCCUCACCGGUCAUCGUCUGAAGGAGUGUCCCCCUAGUACAGACUACGGCGCCUUCACCUACAUGUACGGCUAUUACAACGGCUCGACGUGGUGCUAUCGAAGUCUUGUAGAGACUGCCACUUCCUUCUUCUUCCUUGAAGACGGUGCGGUUGCUGCCCCCGGUUGGGUACGCAGUGUGCCGUUUGAGAAUCAGCGCUUCGUCCGCCUCUUUCGCUCCGCUCCACCCUCCAACGACAAACUCGCGCUGGCACUGGGAAUCAUCCUCACAGCUAUCACUGGACUCAUUGCUCUGCUCGUGCGAGCCUUUGCCGACCGCCUAUUUGUACGAACCUGCGACUCGCACCUUCCUCAGUCCCGUUGA